ACAAAACAGAUUCGGAAGCGGCAACCCCACGACCCUUUCUUCAAGGGCAAGCCCCGUCACGGCACUCCCGAAGGCUCACGUCCAACGCAGCCGUGCCCGGGGCUCUUCCCGGCCGCCCUGUGUCCUUGGGGGCCAAUCGCUGGGCGGCGAGGGGCCCGCAGGGGCACGGGAUUGGCUGGGCCCUUGUGGAGGGGCGGGGGCGAGGAGGCAGGGCGCCAGUCCUCAUGAAGUGGAGCCGCUCGGGCCGCUAUAAAAAGCGGCUGCGGCGGGCUCCGGCUUGAGACUUGCCGGCCAUGGAGCAGCAGCGGCGGUGGCGCUGGGUUGCGGGCCUGGUGGCGCUGCUGGCGUGUUGCCUGCGGGGGGCGCUCGCCUUCGAGGUGGACGAGGAGUGCUGCGAGUGGUGGGCCGAGAGCGUGGAGUGGCCGGUGGGCGCCAGCGAGUGCCCCGUGAACCCCGACGACCUGCAGGAGACCUACUGCUGCGGCCUCUGCUUCGCCCAGCACCAGACCAACGUCCCCCAAGGCUGGCUGGACGACGUCUGCCCCGUCGACGAUCCCCUGCCUGCCGCGUCUGGCUCGGCGUCGAGCUCCGGCGGGGGUUUUUGGGGCUCCGCCAUCGCUCUGAUUGUCCCAGCAGUUUUCCUGAUCCUCUUCUUCUGUGCCUGGCUGUGGCUGAAGGACACCCCCAGGGGCCCUGCCGUCGGUUCUGGCUCCACCAGAGGCUCCUCUUCCUCCCGGCUUCGGUCCUGUUAUGGUGUCCGUUCAAUGCCAAAUGCGCUGAAGUUCAUGCUUCCCACCUCCAAACCCCAGGACUCGCCCGCUCUCUCUGAAAAUACUCAUCUUCAGUUCUGUCAGCCAGCUGGGGCGAAUGAUGGCGUCUUGAGUCCUGUGGUGGUUCUGGGGCCCCCGGAGGAGCCUGUGCCUAGCGAGGCCCUGGAGGAGCCUGUGCCUGGGGGGCCCCCAGAGGAGCCUGCCUUGCCAGCCGAGUAACCUGUGAAUCCAAGUUGACUUGAGGGCUGACCUCGGAUGAUGUGUCUGCAUGUCGUGCAGUCACACAGCUUGUUUUUAGAAUCUUUUUAGGGUCCAGGAAACAUGUGAGAUUGUGCUUUUAUUAUAGGCUAAAAUGAGGGGGGGGGUUCCUUUUAAAAUGUGUCAGGACAUGCCCAAAGAUGUUACUCGCUGUUGUUGUGGGUGGUGUGUUGGGCUGACGGGGAAGCACUCCCUCCUCCCCCAGCUCACGGAGGCGUUUUGAAAGGGUGGGUUUUAUGGAACGCUGGAGGCCACCUCGCUGGAAGCUGUGUCUGUUUGGAGUAAAUAAAGAAUCUACAGGGAAAAAA